UAGGCAUCCCCGCCCCCCGUUGCGACCGCGGACAGACAGAAGCAAGUGGACCGGUUGGAAGCUAAGGUAAUUCAUUCACAUUGCAGCUGGUUAAAUUCGAUUGUUAUCCUCUGUUCCGUUUUGCGGCACAAGCGCGCGUAUUUUUACGAAAAAUCAGAGCUAUCUGCGAAUGUUUUGUCCAGCGGAGGAAGAAGCAAAAACCGCCAUUUAAUUUGUUCUGAAUUGGCGCCAGUCGUGCUAGCAACAACGUCAGUUGGUCACGUCCCCCUGGUGUUGUUGUUUGUAGCCACUAAGCGCGCGAGCUAACCGUUGGUACGUUAAUUAGCGAUAGCGGAGAAAGAAAAAAAAAAGCUCCCGAUCGGUGAAGUAAAGUGGACGAUGGCAGAUUUCCACGAAGAUCCGUCUGUUCUCACGAAAGAAAAGCUGAAGAGUGAGCUCGCGGCUAACAAUGUGCCGCUUCCCGGCGGAGAGCAUAAAAAAGAGGUGUACGUACAGCUGUACUUGAAGAACCUAACCGCCCUAAAGGAGAAGAAGAGCGCUCCCACCGACACGUUCUCCAGCGACGAGGACCUGCCCCUCCCCGUGAUGUCCGGCUCCAGUCGAUCUGGAAGAAAAGCUACGAAAAAGACGGACAGGCCUCGCUUGAAGGAAGUGGAGGUGACGGACCUGACUGAUGAUGAUCUGAAGCAACAGCUGGAAAAACAUGGUGUGCAACCAGGACCCGUUGUUGCCUCCACAAGGAAGCUAUAUGAGAAGAAGCUGCAGAAGCUUUUGGACCAGGGUCCAGCUCAACCUUCCCCAGACCUUACAGCUCUCCCCAAUAGAGACGGUAACCCAAAUGGCAACACAAAUUCGGAACAGUACAGUGACAAGGAAGAUGAGGGGAUCGCUGAACCCGAACCUGUUCCUGUGGUGGAGAACUCGAGCAGAGGGAAAACUCGAGGCACAACGAGCAGCAGAGCACAAACCAAGGUUAGUGAAGACACUCCCAAGGACACCAACAAGAGUGUUGAAGAUAUUCUUGCCAAUGAGAUAGCCACACCAGGCAUGAGUGUAACCUGCCGGCGUCCGAUCCGGGGGGCAGCUGGUCGACCACUGGACCCAAGUGAAUACUGGCUGGACGAUUCCCAUUUGCAGCACAGCGUCCACACAGAGACCCGCUCUGCCUUCCCACGCAAAGCGCCGGCCCAACAAGGCUUCCGCUCUAUGUUGCUCAUGCUCCUGUUGCUUGUUGCGGUGGCCGGCUCCCUCUAUGCCUACUGGGACCUGGACGUCGACACCCUCAAAGGCGCCAUGAUCAGCGUAGCCUCUAACCUGGGCUACGGAGACCGCGAUGCUGAGGUCGCCGGUGCUGAGGUCGCCGGUAUUUAGAGAUCCUCGGCAGUCUCUCCUCCUGGCCGCCUGCCACUGCCCGGCGCACAAGCAGCACACUCAAGCAGCAAACUCGUAUGGCGGCAAAUCACUGGCAGAAUUCAUGCAUCAACCUGAUUUGCGCUCUCGAAUUUUGACAGUGAUUUGCCGCCAUAAACUCGGCUCCCGUCUUCGUCUUUCCCACACGGUUGGACAAAGGUUGCUGAUUUCAUUGGAACGCUGAACUUUCUCCUUUUCUGGACUUUGGCUUUCCUCCCGACCACCAGGAGAUACAGUAACUUCUGGUUUAGUGGCAGUCAGAAGAGACUUUAUUUCUUAACAGAUUGUAUUGUUCAUUAAUUCUGUGCAUUGUUUGUGUCUGUGUGUAUUUGACCCCUGUGUUCAGAAGGAGGUGGCAAAUGGAGAGGCCCGUUUGUUCAUGCAUGGUUGUAGUUUUUGACGGUCAAACUGUAGGUUUCUAACUCUGUGCCAGGUGUUUUUUCUGACGGUGAAGUGCCUGGACACGCUUAGCACGUAGUGCCCUUCUGUUUUUAAGCACAAAGCAGUGCUACUACUAAGAAUGUUAUGUGUUUUCUGUUUUGAAUUUUUAAAUGUUCUCUGUAGCUACAUCGAUAGGUAGUGGGAUUCAUUAUUGCUAUGGUGCUCUGGUCGAGUCGGCUCGUUUUAAUGUACUCUGCGCUGGAAGGAGACACGUUGUGUAACCCACACUGCAUGAGGAAAAUCCGCCCAGCUUUAGGUUCAGGUAUUAAAUGCAUUUCAGCGGCUGUUGAUCCUGCUCGAGUCAUUGCAUACGUGGCUCUAGGGCAACUUCGCAUCCACAAUUCAAAUGAAACGCCUUUUUUUAGAUAUGAUUUACUUAUUUGACAAUUCCUCAUGAGGGAUGCUCAAAUUGCAGUGUUCGAACAUGGACUAUUGGUUUCCCUGUUGUCAGAUCAGGGACAUUUUUUCUUUGGGUUUGGUUCUGUUUUCAUUAGAUGUCUGAUCCUUCAGUCCGAUCAGCAGGAUUGGCUGUUGCAGUGCACCCACAUAGCCCACCUUACUGGCUGCGUGUGUCCAGACCUGGCGGAUCUGCCAAAAGAGACACAUGGAGAAGGUUAAUCCUUUUGGCACAGUUAUGUCACGUUAUUCUCUUCAGAGCUGUCUGACUAGACCUGCCUGAGCCAAUUAUCACAAUUAAGAGACAUUCUUCUUCUCUGGAUGAAAGAGACGAUGCAGUGGCUGGCGGAGAUGUUGGGAGGAAGUCUUGGCCAUCUUUGUUUCUAUUUUGAUAUUUUUCUAAAAUGGUAUGUUCCACUUUUUAUAGAACAUUUUAAGCUAACAAUUGAAAGCAAUAUGUAAAACAUAAAAGUGAUACUGUAUCUUAAGUUUGCUGACGCAAAAGCAGUUCUCCCUCAAUGGUCAGAAACAAAAGGAGUUAUGUGGGUAGGGAUUGUAAUUCUGUUUGAUAAAUAAACGGCGAUGUAUCAUAAAAUAAACUUUCCUUUCACCUGA